ACACGGACGUUCUUGCGUUUUGCCGCCAUCGAAUUGCUGCCGCCGCUGCCGGCAUUCCAUCCUGCGAACUCGCGCUUAGAAUCGAAACGCCCAUAGCCGCAAAGCCACCACGACGGUUCACAAGCCCAUGAAGAUGCUGUUGGCCUACGCUCUUGCGAUCUUCUUGACAUCGAUUACCGUAUGUGUGGCUAAUGCAGUUAAACCCAGCGUAGACGAAGUCUAUUGGGUGUACCUGAGCCGAGUGGCCGAAGCUUAUAUCAACAUAAUUAACGCGACAAAAGGUGGCAAUGUCAUCUCCUGGGGUUUUACUGGAGACUACCCUUAUUGGACACACUCGCAUCCUCGGGAAAAGCAUCCCGUGAAGGCGAGUGUAGACGCACGAGAUUACUUGGAGUGCAGAGGAACGGACACGUUAAAUGCUGAAGAAGCAAAUUGCGCUGGAUUUUUCACGUGGAUCAUCAACGGGGGCAUAUCGAGUCCUUUCAGUGCGGAGGUAGAUGGACUUGUUCCCGUAUUGUGCAGCAAACUACAGAAAAGGAGACAUGUGUUUGACGUCAAUGGUCUAACUAUAGAGUCAGCAGAUGAGAUGUGGGGCAGUAAAUCCGGCCCCGAGCGCCGAAAGUUCGUUCAGGUUCUCUUUUGUAUGGCCAACGGAGGUACGUGA